UUUUAAAAAAUCAUUAAUUUCGCUCUCUUUCCUUCGUUUCCACUCCCUUCCCUACUACAUCAGAAAGAAAGAGGAUAAAAAAAAAAAAAAAAGCAGACCUAACCGAAUCCAUAAAGCUUUUCUUCCUGCCUGUCCCUCACUUUCCUCUCUUCUCUCCCUUCGCCAAAUCUCCAUUUCAUCCCUCCGUCUUCCUCUAAUUUACAUUCUCUACACUUCAACCUCUCCCUCUCUCUCUCUCUCUCUAAUUAUCUAUUUCUAAUUACAUAUAGAUUGUAUCAGUCUGUUAGGGUUCAAAAUCAAGCAAAGCUCAAAAUCAAUGGUGUCGGAGGAUGAGUUCGAUAUGCAAGACGCGGCUGCAGAAUCGGCGGAUGAUGAUUUCUACAGUGGCGGAGAAGAAGAUGGAUUCGACAGCGACGAUGCUGACGUCGCCGAUUACGAGUUCAUCGAUAACGACUCGGAUGAUUCCGAUGACCUCAUCUCUCAUCGCUACCAGCAAAACUAUACAAUUUUGAGUGAAGGAGAUAUACGACAGCGACAGGAUGAUGAUAUUAUGAGGAUAGCUACUGUGCUUUCCAUUACAAAGGUUGCCGCCAUUAUACUUCUCCGGUACUAUAACUGGAGUGUGAGUAAAGUGCACGAUGAAUGGUUUGCGGAUGAGGAAAAAGUUCGAAGGGCUGUUGGUUUAUUGGAGGAACCGGUUGUUCGAUUUCAGGAUGGUAGAGAAAUGACUUGCGGGAUUUGUUUUGAAACUUAUCCUUCUGAUAGAUUACGUGCUGCUGUAUGUGGUCAUCCAUUUUGCAAUUCAUGCUGGGCAGGUUACAUCAGCACAGCCAUUAAUGAUGGUCCUGGAUGUUUGAUGUUGCGAUGCCCUGAUCCAUCUUGUAAUGCUGCAGUUGAUCAAGAUAUGAUUAUUGCAUUGACUUCUAGUGAAGACAGAGAUAAAUAUUGUCGUUAUUUCAUAAGAUCUUAUAUUGAGGACAAUAGAAAGACCAAAUGGUGCCCUGCUCCUGGCUGUGAUUAUGCUGUGGAUUUUAUUGUUGGCAGUGGGAGCUAUGAUGUCAUCUGCCGCUGCACAUACAGCUUUUGCUGGAAUUGUACUGAGGAAGCUCACCGUCCUGUUGAUUGUGCUACUGUGGCCAAGUGGAUACUGAAGAACAGCGCUGAGUCUGAAAAUAUGAACUGGAUAUUGGCUAAUUCCAAGCCUUGCCCGAAAUGCAAGCGACCGAUUGAGAAAAACCAAGGCUGUAUGCAUAUUACAUGCACACCACCUUGCAAAUUUGAGUUUUGUUGGCUUUGCCUUGGUGCAUGGUCAGAUCAUGGAGAGAAGACUGGUGGUUUUUAUGCAUGUAACCGUUAUGAGACUGCAAAGCAAGAGGGAGUGUAUGACGAGGCUGAGAAGCGAAGAGAAAUGGCUAAAAACUCCCUGGAGAGAUACACUCAUUAUUAUGAAAGAUGGGCAACCAACCAAACAUCUCGGCAGAAGGCACUGGCAGACCUACAGCAAAUGCAAAAUGUACAUCUUGAGAAGCUGAGUGACAUACAAUGCCAACCUGAGUCACAGCUGAAGUUCAUAAUAGAGGCCUGGCUACAGAUAGUUGAAUGUAGGAGAGUUCUAAAAUGGACCUAUGCCUAUGGAUACUAUUUGCCUGAGCAUGAACAUGCCAAGAGACUUUUCUUCGAGUAUUUACAAGGUGAGGCCGAGUCUGGAUUGGAACGACUGCAUCAAUGUGCAGAGAAGGAGCUUCAGAUUUACCUAAAUGCAGAGGGCCCGUCGAAAGAUUUUAAUGAGUUCCGCACUAAACUUGCUGGGUUGACCAGUGUAACUAGGAACUACUUUGAGAAUUUAGUCCGGGCUCUAGAGAAUGGUCUAUCAGAUGUGGAUUCCCAUGGUGCAUGCAGCAGAAUGGCAAGCUCGAAGAGCUUGGGAGGUGGUAGCAGUAGGGCAAGAGCUGGUAGAGGCAAGGGCUCAACAUCUAGGUCAAGUGGCCCUAGUAGAAACAUUGAUGAGCCAGGCCACUGGUCCUGUGAAUAUUGCACCUUUGCAAAUAUCAAGCCGGCUACCAUUUGUGCAAUGUGCCAACAACGUCGUUGUAGCAAGGAAGACCCUUACAAGCAUUGCUGGGGAAAGUGCAAAAUGGGCUCUUUUGAUCUCUCGGUUGCAAAACCUGAACUGCAAAAAUAGAGAACAGAAAUAUGAGGAAAGGGUGGCAAGGGAAAGAAAACACAUCUCGUUGUCUGUCUUGUUUCUGGAAUCAGCUGUAUAUAGUUUAUGUGAUCGUUUCCAUGUUAAGUUAUAAGGGUAUGAUGAAUCAGGAUCCAUGCAAAGUGCAUUCAUCUGUAAUCUUAUGAUCAUUUAUUGAUGUUACCAGUAGCUGUUCUUAGUGCUUUCAAGUGCUUUGUACAAGUAAAAAUCAACUUGGGGGACAAUAGGCUUGCAUUGCCCCAGGUAGAAUGAAAUAAACAUAUGUCGCACCAUUAAUCUUGACUUGGAUCUGGCAGACAAACAGCCUUAUUGUGUAAUAUUUAUAUGCUUAUAAUAUAUUUUUAACUCUUGGUUUCU